CGCAGGCGCGGCACGUGGCGUCCCGACGGCGUCCCCGGCAUGCCCCGCGCGCGCUGACGUAGCGCAGCCUUGUCCCCGCCGCUGCGGCCGCCACUUUCGCCGCCGCAGUCGUCCCUGCCGCUGUCGCCGCCAUCGAAGUCGGCGCGUCCUCGGUGCGUCCGAGUCCCGGGCUCAGCGGCGCCCCGCGCGCUCUGCAGCCGCAGCCCGGCCGGCGCCCCGGGACUUGGCGGCAGGGCCCGGGGCCGCGCGAGCGCGGGUGACAAUCCCGACCUCGCGGGGAGGCCCGAGCCUACGGGCACCCCGGCCCGGCGCCGCGCUGUUCAUGAAGCAUGUCGGCCACCAGCGUGGACGCCCAGAGAACAAAAGGACAGGAUAACAAAGUACAAAAUGGUUCUCUGCAUCAGAAGGACACUGUUCAUGACCAUGACUUUGAGCCCUACCUUUCUGGACAGUCGAGUCAGAGCAACAGCUACCCCUCGAUGAGCGACCCCUACCUGUCCAGCUACUACCCGCCGUCCAUCGGAUUUCCUUAUUCCCUCAAUGAGGCCCCAUGGUCCACCGCAGGGGACCCUCCAAUUCCAUACCUCACCACCUAUGGACAGCUCAGUAACGGAGACCAUCAUUUUAUGCAUGAUGCUGUUUUUGGGCAGCCUGGGGGUCUGGGGAACAACAUCUAUCAGCACAGGUUUAAUUUUUUCCCUGAAAACCCUGCAUUUUCAGCAUGGGGCACAAGUGGGUCUCAAGGGCAACAGACGCAGAGCUCUGCAUAUGGGAGCAGCUACACCUACCCGCCGAGCUCCCUGGGCGGCACAGUGGUUGAUGGGCAGACAGGCUUUCACAGUGACACGCUCAGCAAGGCCCCCGGGAUGAACAGCCUGGAGCAGGGUGUGGUUGGCCUGAAGAUCGGGGAGUGUAGUGCCUCUGCAGUCAAGACUGUGGGCUCUGUUGUCAGCAGCGUGGCACUGACUGGUGUUCUUUCUGGCAACGGCGGGACAAAUGUGAGCAUGCCGGUUUCAAAGCCGACCUCAUGGGCGGCCAUUGCCAGUAAGCCUGCAAAACCACAGCCUAAAAUGAAAGCAAAAAGUGGGCCUGUAAUGGCGAGUGCUCUGCCUCCUCCGCCUAUAAAGCAUAACAUGGAUAUUGGCACCUGGGACAACAAGGGGCCUGUGCCCAAGGCCCCAACCCCCCAGCAGGUCCCAUCCCCACAGUCAGCCCCGCAGCCCCCACAGGUGGCUCAGCCGCUCCCAGCUCAGCCUACCCCUUUACCCCCACCACAGUAUACAUGUCCUCAGCAGCCCCCGCAAACCCGCUGGGUUGCCCCUCGCAACAGAAACGCAGCCUUUGGGCAGAGUGGAGGGGCCAGCAGUGAUAGUAACUCUUCUGGCAAUACCCAGCCCAACUCUGCCCCCAGUGUAGACUCCCACCCAGUCCUUGAAAAACUGAAAGCUGCCCAUAGCUACAACCCUAAAGAGUUUGACUGGAAUCUUAAGAGCGGGCGUGUGUUCAUCAUAAAGAGCUACUCGGAGGAUGAUGUCCACCGCUCCAUCAAGUAUUCCAUCUGGUGCAGCACAGAGCACGGCAACAAACGCUUGGACAGCGCCUUCCGCUCUGCGGGCAGCAAAGGGCCUGUCUACCUGCUCUUCAGUGUCAACGGGAGCGGGCACUUCUGCGGGGUGGCUGAGAUGAAGUCCCCCGUGGACUAUGGCACCAGUGCUGGGGUCUGGUCUCAGGACAAGUGGAAGGGGAAGUUUGACGUGAAGUGGAUUUUUGUCAAGGAUGUGCCCAACAGCCAGCUCCGGCAUAUCCGGCUGGAGAACAACGACAACAAACCGGUCACAAACUCCCGAGACACACAGGAGGUGCCCUUGGACAAAGCAAAGCAAGUGCUGAAGAUCAUCGCCUCCUAUAAGCACACGACCUCCAUCUUUGACGACUUUUCUCACUAUGAGAAGCGCCAGGAGGAGGAGGAGGUGGUUCGCAAGGAACGGCAGAAUCGAAGCAAACAGUAAGAACAAACCAGUUUCUUGUAUGUUCUAACGUCCGACUUUGAAAAGCAGUUUUAAAGACGUGUGCUUGGUCAGCUCCAGUGUGUGGUCCUGUGCAGGGCUAGAUGCUGUCUUCAUCAUCUUUGUAGCUUAUUUUUGCCCAGAUGGAUAUGCGUUCAUUUGUAUUUUUUCUAUGUAUUAUAAUAUUGUAGAACUCACUAAUAAAGGAGUAUUUUUUUGUCAGCUUA